CGUACGCCCACUGAAAGACUGAGGGUCUUCAUUCAUUUUUUCCCCCAUUACUGAUAGCCCGCAGUGUAGGUUAUGUUCUAGAAAUAUUUCCACUAAGCAAAUAAAUUGCUUGGAUAUUUUAGAAACGCAAUAGUCGUGUACCGCUUGUCCAAGUAGCUUCAUGUAGGUAGUAUCAGUGGGUAAUUCAAAACCGUGGGAUUAAUUCAAUUCAUUAGGCUACACAGCCUACAUAGCGUCCUCCAGCAGCGCUCCUUGCGAAAAUGUUGCCGCACAGACUCACAGACCCCGUAGAACAGCCGCUUGUCAAGGACUGAUGGACAGCCUACUGACAGUCUUUAUUUAAACCCGAGAUAAGGAAGCCACUCAGAGUCAUCGGCGGCUUAAGAAGAAAUUUAAACCAGCCUUAUUCUCAGGAAUAAUUUGACGGUAUUUGAAAGAAAGGAAAGCAACAUGGGAGAGCAGCCGAUCUACAGUACACGAGCACAUGUCUUCCAGAUCGACCCCAACACCAAGAAGAACUGGAUGCCCACCAGCAAGCAUGCAGUCACAGUGUCCUACUUCUAUGACAGCACCAGGAACGUGUAUAGGAUCAUCAGCCUGGAUGGGUCAAAGGCUAUAAUAAACAGCACUAUCACCCCGAACAUGAGCUUCACGAAAACGUCGCAGAAGUUCGGGCAGUGGGCAGACAGCCGUGCCAACACAGUAUACGGACUGGGCUUCUCUUCAGAGCAUCAUCUGGCUAAGUUUGCAGACAAGUUCGCAGAGUGUAAGGAAGCAGCACGCCUAGCCAAGGAGAAGUCCCUGGAGAAGAUGGAGCUGGCAAGCUCUCCUUCUCAGGAAUCACCUGCUGAUAUACACUCACCUCUGACCCCUCCCGUCACCUCUGACCUCUGCCGAGUAAACGGGACAGGUGAUGAUGUCACCUUGUCUGAUGUGUCGCCGAAUUCGGAACUGCAGUCGGAUCUGUCCCCAACCACCCAGUCCCUUGGCCACAGCCCAACCACCAACAAGCACUGGGAAGCGGAGCUGGCAGCUCUGAAGAGCAACAACGCCAAGCUCACGGCAGCUCUGCUGGAGUCCACAGCCAACGUCAAGCAGUGGAAGCAGCAGCUGGCCGCUUACCAAGAGGAGGCCGAGAGACUACAUAAAAGGGUGUCAGAACUGGAGAGCCAAAGCAAUCAAGCCAAUGCAAUCAAAUUACAGAAGACGGAGCUCAACCAAACCAUAGAGGAACUGGAGGCGAUGCUGAAGGCUAAAGAGGAGGAAAUGGAGCGGCUGAGGGAGGAAAUUGAAGACGCUAAGCAGUUGCAGUCACAGAAAGAAACCCUAGAGCGGAAACUGGAGGCUACAGGUGCCAGGAGCAGGGAGCUGGAGGAGCAGCUAGCCAGCGUGGAGCAUCGCUUGGAGUCCAGCCUGGAGGCGCAGGAGAACUUCCGCAAGGGCCUCAAGGCGAUGCUGGAGAUCCUGGACGGCAAGAUCUUUGAACUUACAGAGCUGCGGGACAACCUGGCCAAGCUCAUAGAGGAGAGCUAGGGGCAACCCCCGCCCCACCCCGCCCCGCCCGCGCGCCUCGGAGUCCGAGGCGAGGCGCGUGAGCGACAAGACCGACAUCCACGCCAUCUCGGGGCCCGGCCGCACGAGUCUGCCGCACUUUGACUCCACGCCUUGGUGACUGGAGGACUCGUAUUGUACACUUACUUGUAUGGUAUGAUAAGCAUUCGGUUGCACUUGAAUUUGUACUUUUUCAGAGGGUCAUGUAUCUUCAGUGACACCGCAGCCUGCUAGGUUAUAUUGUCCAAACAAUACUCCUUUUCUUACUGUUUGAUUUCCUUAUUCGUACACAGGUAGUCGUCCUCAUGAAAGUAGGCAGCCUACAGAGAUCAGAGGUGGCUGCGUUAGGCUCUUCCUUUCCAAGGUGCUGGUUUUGUGUGCCUGGUGAUUGGCUCUGCUGCCGAGGAUACUCUAAUCAAUCACAUCCGCUGGAUAUUCGGUCAUACAUCAUGACUGGAUGUUCUGAGCCAUAUCUUGUAGCCAGACCCUGUCGUCUUGCCUCGUCACCUGGGAAACUGCCUCAACGUUCAGUCGGAGCUUCAGGAUACUCUAUCACUGACUUCCUCGCAAGAAAAAAAAACACCUUAGGAAAUCACCACUUAGAUGAAAGUGUGGUGUUAUUGGCCUGUAAUGUACAAUGAGCAAUAUUAGAGAAAGUCUUUAAGCCACCUCAGUGUAAUUAUCAGGUAUUCCAGCUCUGGACUAAUCCGUGGACUAAUGUGAUUUUAGUGGAUGUACGUCCUCAUCUAGUUCUCCUCAGACCAGUUAGAAUGCUAUUGGAUUGUAUUGGCCUUAGUUAUAUUUUUCAGCACUCUGUGUUUGACUGAAGAUUCUCUCGUAUUUUUUGUUGUUGUUCAGUUAACAUAUGCAGUAUGCUCAUCUUACAAUUUGAAGUGAUCUGUGUUAUUACGAAAUGUAUAUGCUGACAGAUAAGGGUAUAUAGAGAGAACUGUCAAUAUGAUUGUAUUUAUAGUUGGGAAAUUUUCUUUUACAUUUCCCAAUAUUAAUAAAAGCUGUUUAAAAAGUUUGGUGGAAAAGGUGUUUAAGCAGCAGUAGUGGUGAACCUCACCUAAGGCUUACAGGAUGUGUUUCAUAGUGUACUGAGGAAAUCAAAGUUUGUUUUUGCCACCAUAAAGCAUUUUAAAGUCCAAAUGACCGCAAAGUCCUCUUCAAUUACAAAUUCAUUUCAGACCACAGGGGUCAGGAUUUAUCUAUGUAUAAACAUCACUGCCCCUGAAAUGUUUCUAAUCUUUGUUAAAGUAAACAAACAAAAAAACC